AUGAAGCUUCUUUUUUUGUUCGUCGGGCUGAGCAUGGCCGGAACAAAAUGCUCCGGAGACAUGUGCUGGGCUCAAGAGAUGAGAGGACCAAGACCCCGACGAACUGAGAAAAGCGACGAAUGCUCAAUUGAUGCGCACAAAACCAAUCCCGAAAGCUGGAACAUGAACUGCCCUGACAGCUGCGAAAUCAUGCAAUUUCUCGAAGUCGUCGAGCGAAAAAUCAACGAGGAGUGGGCUCAAGUCAAGAGCAAGUAA